CUGUCACCCACCGGGGAUGUCAGCGUCACAUUUUCUACAAUCAAAGCAGCUGAUAUCUUAUAAAGUGAAAUUAAACAUUUCCACUUAUCACAACAUUUUGUUCAUAUUUAAUACGUUGUUAUACAAUAAAAAUGCCUAAAAAGAAGACUGGUCAGCGCAAGAAAGCGGAAAAACAGAAAUUGCGCCAGAAGGAGAUUCGCAAUGCGCGAGAGAAUGUGGACCUAGCAGCGCACCCGUGCAACGUUCCCAUGGAGUGCGACAAGUGCCAGAAGAAGCAGAAAAAUCGUGCAUUCUGCUACUUCUGCCAGGCUGUGCAGCGGCUGCCGACGUGUGCACAUUGCGGCAAGGUGAAGUGCAUGCUGAAGUCUGGAGACUGUGUGGUGCGCCACCCCGGCGUGUUCACCACGGGCCUGGCCAUGGUGGGCGCCAUCUGUGACUUCUGCGAGGCGUGGGUGUGCCACGGACGCAAGUGCCUCACGUCGCACGCCUGCACGUGCCCGCUCAUGGACGCCGUCUGCCUGGAGUGCGAGAGAGGCGUAUGGGAGCACGGCGGUCGCGUGUUCCGCUGCUGCUUCUGCCAGGGCUUCCUGUGCGAGGACGACCAGUUCGAGCACCAGGCCUCCUGCCAGGUGCUGGAGUCCGAGACUUACAAGUGUCAGUCGUGCAACCGGCUGGGGCAGUACUCGUGCCUGCGCUGCAAGACGUGCUUCUGCGAGGAGCACGUGCGGCGGCGCGGCGUGCGCACGGACCGGCGCGCGGCGCCGCCGUGUCCGCGCUGCGCCUACCCCACGCACGUGACGGCCGACCUCAGCAUGUCCACGCGCUCGCACCGCUACGGCCGCCAGGGCGCCGCGCUGCCCGACGACGACGACGACCUGCCCAACGACACAGGGUACGCGGGCGUGGAGGGGGGCGACUACUCGUCGUACUCCGAGUCGGAGGAGUCGGACGAGUCGGAGGAGUCGGAGUCGGAGGAGCAGUCCGAGGAGGAGGCAGCGCCCUCGCACAAGCAGACCUGACCUGCCCACCGAACUCACAAUAUACUCAUGUUAUUACACUA